AUGGAUGCAUAUUUAAUUUCAAUUCUUUAUAGUUAAGAUAAAUGUAAUAUUUUUUUACUUAGAUUCUUUUUACAUUAAUUCCAAAAUCAGUUAUUGUUAAAUUUAAUUCUUGAGUUUAGAAUUUAAUUUUCAAAGAAACAUUUNCUUUAAAAUUAGAAACUAAAUUUCAAGGAUAAUGCAUUUGCCUUAUUUGCUUUAAAAAAAUAUGCUCUUAAUUUUGUGGAUAAGUUAAGCAAGUAUUAAUUAUAAUUAAUAAUAAAGAAAUAAUCAUUAGGAAAUCUCUAAAGACAUAGUGCAAAAAAUCACUAAGGCAAAAGUAUUUUCAUAUAUGUUGAAAACAGUAUGCUAAUAUUGAUGCAUUCACCAUUGUAUAUGUAAAUGGCUAACCAUUUAUUUACAAAUGGAAUAGGAGAACCACCCGUCAAAGGCUCAUAUAAAUUAUAACAUUACAAAAAAUUUUAAUUAAAUUUGAAAAUUAUAGACCAAAUAGUGGAUAUUAUAGUAGAAGAAAAAUACUUAAACAGAUUAGAUGCAACAUCAGAAAAUAAAAUAACAAGUCAAAUUUAAUGA